CAGGCUACCAACAAACACCCGAGUCUUCAAAGAGGGAAUUGCCGUAAAUAGAAUAGCUCAGUGCAUUCCAUACACAAUGGACCCCUCUAGCUCGCAAACCCAGAUCCCCAUUGUGGAUUUCGCAGGGUGGACCUCGGGCGGCCCCAGUCGCCAACGUGUAGCGCAAGAGAUCGUCGCGGCUUGCAAGCAAGUGGGGUUCGUCUAUAUCAUCAACCACUCCCUCUCAGACGCCCUUCUCGAUGAAGCGUUCCACUGGUCUCGAGUCUUCUUUGACCUGCCCAUGGAGGAGAAGCUACGUGCUCCUCAUCCUGAUGGGUGGGCUGUGCACCGAGGCUACUCGUGGCCGGGGUUGGAAAAGGUCUCGCAGGCUGUCAGCGCAGAUAAUGAUGAUGAAAAAACUACCCAGUUGAGAGAGGUUCCUGAUAUCAAGGAAAGCUAUGACAUCGGCAGCGAGGAAAAUCCGACCCAGCCAAACCAAUGGAUUCCCGAAGAUACACUCCCGGAAUUCCGUACUUUCAUGAAUCAGUUCUACUGGGAGGGCUUCCGCGUGGGAGGCGAAAUCCUGCAGGCUCUAGCAGUGGGCCUUGGCCUCGAGGAUGAGAAUCAUCUACUGCAAAAGCACUCGGGCCAUAAUAAUCAGCUUCGACUUCUGCAUUAUCCACAUGUACUGACUGAUAUCUUGGAGACAAAGCGAGCAGCUCGCUGUCCUGCACAUACGGACUGGAGCUCCAUCACCCUGCUGUUCCAGGAUGACUGUGGGGGGUUGGAGGUAGAGGAUAUCAACAAUCCUGGCCACUUUAUUCCAGCGACACCCAUCAAGAAUGCCAUUGUGAUGAACGUGGGUGAUCUCCUACAGAGAUGGAGCAAUGACCAAUUGAGGUCAACGAGCCACCGGGUUACCCUUCCUCCUGUUGCCGACCGGAUUGAAGAAGAGGCUCGUAUCACCCGCAGACGGUUUUCCAUUCCCUACUUCAUGGCUCCCGAUCCCGACUCGGUAAUUGAGUGUAUCCCGGCUUGUAUGGGCCCUGAUGAGCCGGCCAAGUAUGAGCCGAUCACUCAGGCAGAAUAUAAUCAGAUGCGGGCGUCUAUGCAAUAUUGAGGAGUAUUGUUGUUCUCGAUGGAACCGAGACGUUGUCAGGCAGCGAAUUCAAUAUAAUUUAAG